CUUUAAUCGAGGGCCGAUUUAAUGUUCGCCGAGGGUUUCGAUCAGGAUGAUAUUUCGGGUUCUCAAAUUCACCUACUUCCAAAUUCCACUAUACGUCAAGAACGAAAUCUUAGAAAGAAAAUCGAAGGAUGUAGAUGUGAAGCAGGACCAAAUUCUGCCUACAAUGCAGAUAAGAUUCCAGAGAAAAAGGAGGACCCCGAAUAGGCUCAGAGAGAGAGAGAGAUAAUGCACUUUGUGGCGCAAGUUGAGAUAUUGAAAAGAUUCACUGUGCGGAACCAUAAAUGGGGAUCUCAAUCGAUCUCACAGUUGGCUCAAAAUCCGAUCGUAGAUUCCGAGAGAGCGAACGAGAACCAUUUUAUAGGUGCAGGAGAGCCGGGGAAAAGCCCGUCGAAUUGUGCGCCGUGGGAAAUAACAAUUUUCGCCGGUAAGUGAAAUGUUCAGAGUACAAUAAAUCGAGGGCGAGCCGCACGCAGUUUACAUUCCCCGGACGGACCGCGCUGGGAAAUGUGCGAGCUCGAAUUUGCAUCUGGCGUGGAGUGGAGUGGAAGUGAAUCUAGGUUCUGGAUUGGCCCCUUGGGCUCGCACCUCCUUCCUCUACGUCUCCGGAGGACCUAUUGUGUUGGGAUUGACUCGGUCAAAGGCAGGCUGUUGGACGAGAACGAGGAGGAGGAGGAGGAGUAGGGCUAGGACCCCAUCCAUCCCUCCCUCCAUAGCUCCCUUCAGAGGACGACGGAUGGAACAAGGACGAAGAGCUUGACCGAAAGGCUCGAGCAAGUGGUGGAUGGCAAGUUAUGGAAGAAAGAAAGGAGGUUUGAUUGCAUGCCUGCACUUAGAUUUCUUCUGCUUCUUCAUCGGCUCGAGAUUCUGCGGGUGGCAGAGGAGAGAAUGGGCGGAAAAUUUGCUGGUGAGUCAUAAAUUGUUG